AUGGAAGUUGUUGCGACAGAGGAGAAGAAGAAGAUAUUCCGUGCCAAGAAAACCAUGAAGAUCAGUGAUCGGCAGCAACUGGAAACACUACACAGCACUCUAUUGACAGCUUCGUCGAGUGCGUCUGAACCAUCUCCGCCGCCGCCUCUAAUGAAUGGCUCGCACAGAGAGGAUGGACAAAAGGACGCAGAGCAAAACAUCCACCAGGACUCAAACUCCCCCAUUGCUGCAUCGCCUGCUUCUAUCACCUCCCCGAGCUCUCCUGCUCCGUUCCUGUCGCUCAAUUUGUCCCCCUCGCCUGUACCGUCACAAAGUCCAAAAGAAAAGGAUGAAUCCCCUUCAGACCCUUCAUCACCAUUCCAUUCUAUAAACUUUGAACAGAAAAGGGAGGAGGAAAAGACUAGCUUUCCGUCAUCCUCACCGAAGGACAUCUCUGAACCAGCAGCAAAGGAAUCCAAAGAAAAACCUGAGGAGGACCAAACCGCAGCAAAGGACAAAGGUAACAAUUCGGACAAGGAGUCUGCUACAGAAUCCGCUCCUUUGCGUCCUCUAUCUGAUGGCACUGUACCAAUGGAAACAGACACUACAAAGGCCAAGGACGUCACCCCAACAAAGUCUUCUACUUCCAAUUCCUCGAGUCCUUCGCCCUCUUCCUCAGUUGAUAUGAAACAGGGAAAGGCCCUUGCAGAAGGGUUGAGCAAAGAGGAGACUAAAAAAAGCUUGCUAAAACAAGACAAGGUGCAUGUUACCAUUGUUCAAGUGGAGGCUAAAAAGGAAAAAAUGGACACUGAGCAGCCUUCAAAGCCAUCGCGCCCUUCAUCCACUCCACCUUCAAAUACAGUGUCAGAGGAAACGAAUUGUACUUCUGGAAUCAAGCGCACUUUGUCAGAAGGCUUUGACAGAGAGGGGCAGAUUGUAAAACAGGAGGGGAAAAGAAUGAAGAUGGACCAAGGGGAGUUGGAGGCUGAACUGGAACUCAAAAUCACUGCAAAAGCCAGCAGUCAUCACAAACUUGAGAAGAUUGUGCAGCAGUUAGUGGUUGAAAGGUUGAAGGACCUUGAGAUGACAAUUUUUGAAAAAGACUUCCGGGAGCUGAAGGGCAGAGUUGACCAGAUUGAUUGUGCUACAAAACACCAAUCGGCCAUUAAUGCUCUCCAAGCAAAGAUAAGCCGACUAUCAAAAAAGUUUGGGGAAGCAAAUCAAGCAACAGAAAACAAAAGGAAACAGGAGGCACUUGCUGCUUCAAAUGCUAUGGCUGCUGCAGCUGCUGCUGUGGCUUCUUCUCCUACCACUGUUGCGGCUGCCAAGACAUCAUCUGUUCCAAACACCCCUCAAGUUCAACGGCCAGUCCGGACACCAGUGGAGGUGAAACAGAUCCCAACACCAACUGUUACUAUACCUCACACUGCUGCAAAAGCCGGUCCACUUGUCCCAACGACUGUCUCCACUCCUGCAACUAUUGUUUCACAGGCCCCCAUUAUUAAAUUGAUUACGUCUUCGUCCAAUCCUGUAUCCACCUUGGCUACUGGUAUCACCACUCAGAGCUCUACAGGCACCCUGUUACUGAAAACAGCACCUCCCGGUGGUGUGAUGACUGGACAGCCACUUAUCAUACAGCUGCCAGUAUCGAUGACUAAUGGACAGACAGGAACACUGGUCAACUUCCCGGUGACCUCUCUGCCUGCGGCUGGCACACUCAAUAAGCCCAAAACUACUGCUCCCACAGCCACUUUCAUCAUCAAGUCUGCUGUCACUACCACUGCUGCAGGUUCUGUUCCAACUCCAAUCACUGUGCCAGCCCUCCAGGCUUCCUCGAGCCAGGUGACCUCAGGCCCUAUCGCAGUUACCCGAGCCAUAUACCAAGGCGGUGCUGGGGGAAUAACGACACCCAAUGCCGGAGUGUCCGUUACCACGGCUAGGACCGUGUCUGUUACUACAGCUAGGACCAUGGUUCCAACUGUGUCUGUGGCUGGAGCCAUGUCUACUGCGUCCUCAUCUGCGACGUCUGUUCCAGCAGCAACGGGUUCAACAGCCCCAGGACCUCCACAAGGGACAUCUUUGACAUCAAAAACAGACAACCAAGCUACAGGAAUUACUCCAUCCAAAGGAGCUACUCCAGUAACACGUCCCAAGGGUGCCGUCAUAGAUCUGACUGAAGAUGAUGAUGAAGUAGAGGUUACGGCAGUGAAGGAGGCUACAGUUCCGAGUCCCUCACUUAACCAACGUCCACAGGCAGUCAGCGUUCCAAGCACCUCAGGGGCUAGGUCGUCCCCACAAAGCAGCCAGAACACAUCCAGCAGUCACACAUCAGUGCAAAGCCGCCCUCAACUGGAUUCUUCGGUGAAAUCCCGUACUUCUACUGCUACGCCAACUCGAGGCUCCAGCACCACGCUCCCCCCGCUACCGCCUGCACCGAUAGCCAUAAGCCUUUCACCAGAAGCUCAGCGGACCUCGGCCCCUCAGCAGCCUCAGCUAAAGCUGGUGCCAAGUAAUUCCGGCAUAGUGCUGUCCUGGUGCGUGUCCGAAACGGAUCAGUCGUGCGCGGCCGUCGAAAGCUAUCACCUCUAUGCCUACCACCAAGACAACUCCAACAGCAAUUCAAGUCAGCAGCACUGGAAGAAGAUUGGGGAGGUGAAAGCCCUUCCACUGCCAAUGGCCUGCACCCUGACCCAGUUCCAGUCUGGCUCCACAUACCAUUUUGCAGUUCGAGCCAAAGACAUCUAUGGCCGUUUUGGGCCCUUCUGCGAACCGCAAUGCACAAACGUUAUCAAUCCCAGCUCAAACUGA